UGGUUGGCUUUAUAGUGAAAUAAUUUCCAUCUUGAGAGUACCAUGUGGAAAUAUAUUCUAUGCUUUCUUAUAAGCACCACUAUCUUCAUAGGCAUAUAUUUCAAGGGCAUGGUUUAUUAUGCUUCAAGGCUACAGCUGCCUGUCUUAAGAUGCAAUCCAUUUGUUGAAAACUGUAAAAUUUUUCCACCUACCAGCCCGUACACAAGAUGGGAAAGAACAGAAUGCCAGGCACCGAAGUUUAACAGUCCACUCAACUGCAAGCGUAUACAAUCAGAGCAUCAUUUUAUUAUGAAGACCCUGAGCAAAGAAGAGGAGGACUACCCUCUGGCCUUCAUCAUCACUAUCCACAAAGACCUGGACAUGUUUGUGCGCCUGCUCAGAGCCAUCUAUGCACCACACAACGUCUAUUGCAUUCACAUAGAUAGAAAAGCCCAGACAGAAUACAAACUAAGUGUUCAAAGAUUGGCAGAGUGUUUUCCCAAUGUUUUUCUAGCCUCAGUUAGCGAGAUAGUGACCUAUGCUGGUUUUUCUCGCCUGAAGGCUGAUAUUAAUUGCAUGAAGGACCUAGUGAGGUCUCCAGUGAAAUGGCGAAAGGUGAUCAACCUGUGUGGCCAGGAUUUUCCUGUCCAGAGCAACCUGGAGCUGGUAAGAUAUAUGCAAGAUGAACAAUGGAAAGAUAAUAACAUGACUCCUGGUAUAAAACAGCCAAAGAGCAUGCGACAUAGGACUCAGAUACAGCAUGUAGAAAUUAAAGGUGAUCAUGUAGCCUCAUUGGGUCACAAAAAGACACCUCCUCCACACAACCUGACAAUCUAUUUUGGUACAGCCUACUACAGUCUACAAAGAGCAUUUGUGGAAUAUGUGCUCACCAGCCCAGUCGCCAAAGACCUGUUGGAAUGGUCAAGGGAUACCUACAGCCCUGAUGAGCAUUACUGGGUAACCCUUAACCAUCUGGAAGAUGCCCCUGGCAGUAAUGUAAAUGCUGGCUGGGAGGGUAACAUCCGGGCCAUUAAAUGGAGAGUCCAAGAAGGGUCAGUACAUCAAGGCUGUAAAGGAACGUACAUCAGGGAUGUCUGUGUCUACGAUGUUGAGGAUUUACCUUGGAUAAUUGAGAGGAACAGCAUGUUUGCUAACAAGUUGGACACCACUAGAUUUCCUCAAGCUCUGGACUGUUUAGAACAGUGGCACAGGCACAAGGUCCUACAGCAGGCAACAGUGCCCAUUCGGUUAUCAUGGCAACUUGCAACAGAGGUCACUAUUACUGAUGCUAGUCACAGUUAAUGCCUACACUUAUUCCUUAAUCUAGUUUGUUGUACAAACAAUUCAACAUGGAAUAAUUAAUCCACAAAACGAAACUAUGUAUAUAAUAUUUAGAAAUGUAAGAACAAUUUUAUGUUUAUUUUAACGUGAGUAAUUCAAUUGUUAAGGACCCUUAGAAAUGGUAUUAAUAAUUCUGACAAUGCACUAUUUAUUGCUCAUUAAACUAGUGUUAUACGUUACCAAGGAGAAUGAAAUAAACCCUACAGAUGUACAGCAAUAGACUAAUAACCAACAGAGAUACAGCAAUGGAAAUAGUUAUAGAGGUUUAUAUAAUUACUAUAGGUUUCCCUGAUCUGUUUCUCUUAUGGUGCAUCGAAAAUAUCUAUAACUGAAACUGACUCUGAUCAGACUUGAAAACUUCAUCCCACAUAUCCGACAAUGGUUUAAAGAGACCUUUAGACCAGCAUUGUUGGAAAGGGGGAAAGGCAAGAAGAAUAGAAGGAAAUUUAAAAAAAAUGGUUA